GUCCUUGAGAGAACUUCCUCGAAGCCAACUCGAUCAGAGACCUGAAAAUCCGUACCAGACUUUGGAAAUGGAGGGCCAAGACUUGAGCUUUGAUUUCAUAAACCUUUACUCUGAGCUCCUCGGAGCAGUGUUGGACGACUCGCAGGGGAGGUCAUUCAGUAACCCUCCUUCAAUCUCUCUCUCCAGAUUUGGUCCCAUGAGCUCCACUGGCUUGGAGUUGCAAGGGCUCAGUCUCAUGAACAAGAGGAGGAGGGUGAUCAUCUCUUCUCCCCACCAGUCUUCUUUGCCGACCUUUUCAGAUAUAGAGGACUCCAAGACUAGACCAGCUGGGAAGUGUUCUGGUAACAUUGCUCCUGCUGCUAAGAAGAAGGAAAAGAUGGCGCCUCAUGUGAAACCACUAAGAAGAGGUCAAGCAACGGAGAGCCACAGGCUAGCUGAAAGGGCAAGAAGAGAGAAAAUUAAUGAGAGAUUUAGGCGUCUACAAAGCCUUGUGCCAGGAUGCGAUAGGUCAAUGGGCAUGGCAGUAAUGCUUGAUGAGAUUAUUACAUACAUCCAGUCUCUCCAGAACCAAGUUGAGUUCUUAUGCAUGAAACUUGAAUCCAGCAGUUUGGUCCAACACUUGAAUGCACAAGUAAAUGACAGAAACCCAGCAGCCAAUACAUACGAGGCUCUCAAGGACUGACUGGUUCUCGACAGCAACAAUGGAGGAGGAGGAGGUUCAAGCAACAUUUCGACUCAGAUCUCCCCCUCUGUUCCUAGUAGUGCUCAGAAAUUUAUCUCCCCCAGCUGCCAGCAUUCUGCCUAGGCUUUGAAAUCUGUGGAGAACGAUAGCAUCUCAUAGAAAACUAUAUUUUUCGCACCUAGAUUAAUGAAAUUUUAUUUCCGCAAGACAGCCUUGGUAGGUAUUAUUCUUUUUGUCGCCGAUCACCAUGUAAAUGAUCCAUAAUGAGUGGAGGGUGUACAUUAUGAUGUUUUGUCACUAGCAAUAGCAAUUGCAGUAGUACAGUAGCGUAUGUUUUAUAAUGAAAAUUUUCU